AUGGCGGCAGCGGUACAGCAAACCCCGCGAAGCCAGCGCCAUGACAUCUUCGCUUCGGUCUUCCCACCCAAGAACCACACCACACCCACACCCGUAGCAACGCCAAACAUCGGCACGCUUGCCUCCCCUGGAGCGACGUUUGGCGGCUUCAACACAUCAAGCAAUCCCGCAGACGGAGCCGUGAAGCUGAGCCAGGCAUGGAGCACCACAACACGCUACCUCGCCCUAAAGACCAGCGCUUCUCAUCCCGCCAAGAGUCUUGAGCAGGCUCGGGAUGUCCGAGAUGCACUGCAUUACUUGCUCGGGUCGAGAGACACUCGCGCACAGCUCCACGACUGGUACCUUCACGAGGUCGGUGCUCAUUUUCGAGGUCUUGUGGCGGCAGAGCUAUCCUUCUGGCAACAGCCGAUAACGCUUCAAGAAGCGAGGCAAGUGCUUUCGAACACUGUCCAAAUCAUACAGCGAGCACAAGACCUGUGUCUCAGACCUCUGGACGACACUCUCCAUGCCGCCAAUGAUGUCUUGCUUGCCUUCGCCGCGGAGAUCAAACAGGGCAUUCACGUGCUUGUUUUGCAUUGUCUGCCACAUCAGAGACUACAGAAGACUCUAGCCAGCUACCUCUUCCAGACCAUGAAACGGAGCCUCCAGCAAGGCAGCAAUCCGGAAAGAUGCACAAAAGCUGGGAGAUGCUAUUGCCAACUCGGCCUCGAUCUGAGCGCACUGCAUGAGCUGCACGACGUUGGCCUUGGAGGCACUGUUGGUCAACGUGCAUUCGCUCACGCAGUCCACAGAAUCCUCGAAGGUCCAGCAGUUGAGCGACCGUGCUUUCAGGUCUCUUGGACCGGUAAGGACACGGUCAUCCCGAGUCUACGACUCUGGAUCAACGAACAGUUCGUGCCAGCAGUCCAGCGCGCAGUGGCAACAUUGAGCGGGGAUCCUUCCACACGACUGCCGCACCAACAGUUCGUUUCCGCGGCCGUGUCGAGCUUUGGGCGUCGACGUGUGGAGGGACUGUUCAACUACGUCAGCAUGUGGCCAGAUAGUAGAGGCGGCGUGCUGGAUGUACGGGAGUAUCUCAUCUCCACUAACUCUAGUGACAAGGCCCAUCUCUGCUCUAGCUUUACGGAGCAAAUACAACGCCGUCUACUACAUGCGGGUGCCAGUACCACAGAGAUCCUCAGCAUCUAUGUCAGCGUCAUCAAUGUCUUCAAGCUACUGGAUUCUCGUGGCGUGCUGCUCGAGAAAGUGGCGAUCCCAAUCAGGAACUACUUACGCGGACGUGAGGACACGGUCACUGUCAUUGCAGCAAGUUUCUUGGCCGAAAUCGACAAGGACGGUGAAAUCCAUGGCCAGGAACCUGACAAGGUGUGUCCUGAUAUCACUCUUGCCAUCGCCAGUUCAGCUGUCGAUGCUGAGGACGACCGUCUCCUCAAUUGGGACGACAUGAACUGGGUACCCGAUCCCAUUGACGCCGGACCAAACUACAAAGCUUCGAAGUCUGACGAUAUCGUGGCAUAUGUUCUUGGACUUUUCGAUCCUGAUGACUUCAUCAAGGCACUGGCUGGUGUCUUCGGCGACCACCUACUGCACACUCAUAAUACCGAUCUCAUCAAGGAGACCAGACUCGUCGAGCUCCUCAAGUCACGGCUCGACGCUACCAAACUCCAGCAGGCCGAAGUCAUGUUGAAGGACAUGCGAGACUCGAACCACCUGAACAGACGAGUCAACCCACGGCGUGGUAGAACGGGUACAAAGUACGACCUACAAGCUGCGCUUCCCGAGGAUGGCAUCACAAUGAUAUCGUUGUGGGAGAUCUUCGAGGGCCGUAUGGACAAGGCAGAGUUUAUGCCGAACCUCCGAGCAGUAGGCAAGGAGCGCAAUGGUCUGUGGUUCGCCAACCGGCGCAAACUACCGGCGGACGACGAACCACCUUCGUCCGCCGGUUCGCACGACAUCGACUUCAACGCAAAGGUCAUAUCAUCGUACUUCUGGCCGGCAGCACACGAGCUCGAGUUCCGAGUACCGACUGGAGUCAAGACAAUGAUGAAGACGUAUGAGGAGAGCUUCGCGAGCAUCAGUGGUCAGCGCACUUUGGCUUGGAAGCGCGCUCUAGGUACGACCGACAUUGCGCUAUACUUCGAUGAUGGCCGUGUGAUCGAAGAGAAGGGGCUAGAAGAAUGGAAAGCCAGCAUUAUCGACGCUUUCGCCCUCGAUCGUCAAGGUGAAGCAGACGCACCGCCAGUUGAUUACAAUGACAAAGAAGGCUUGACUAUCGAUGAGCUCAUGGACGGCCUCAACCUUGAGGAAGGGUACCUCGUGAGCGGCAUUCAAUUUUGGAUCGGCAAGCAGGCGCUGUAUGAGAAAUCGAAAGGCCGAUGGGCUGUGUUGGAGCACUUAGAUAUGGCACACAGUCUCAUUCAUGAACCUCCAGAGCCGGCGGAGGACCCUGCGGUGAACUUGGAGCUUGCUGCACUGAAAGAGAAUGCUGCAACAUAUCAGAACUUCAUCGAGGGUAUGCUGCGCAACCAGGGAGGGAAGCAGAUCGAGGGCGUGAUGGGUAUCACUUUCAUGCUUGGAAUGGUUAUGACCGACUUCGCAUACGGCGAUGAUGAAGUCAGAUGGCUGCUGGAGGAAAUGGAAGCACGAGGCGUAGUGACCAAGAAUGGCGAGCUUUGGACGGUGGUGUGA